AUGCCAGCUGCCAAUCAUUCCGUCGUUAGCAGUAAUGAGACUUGCAAGCAGAGUACUAACCUUCGAAAUUCGAUCGAAAGCCAUGGCUACCCGGUGGAACUGCACACGGUGGUCACCAAAGAUGGAUACAUUCUGACCAUGUCUCGCAUUCCAUCGCCCCGGAAAACACCCAUCCUCAUGGUGCAUCAGCUGUUCGGCUGUUCCGUAGAUUACACCGUGCUAGGUCCGGAGAAAUCCCUAGCCUUUCUUGCGCACGACAGUGGAUAUGACGUAUGGAUGGGUAAUGUCCGGGGGAACAUGUUCUCACGAGCCCACAUGACCCUCGACACAAAGCAAAGCACCUACUGGAAGUACAGCUAUCACGAAAUCGGGAUCUACGAUCUGCCGGCCAUGAUCGACCACAUUCUGUUUGUAACCGGAAAACAGAAGCUUCAUUACGUUGGCCAUUCGCAAGGUUCGGUGGUGUUCCUGGUGAUGGCUUCGAUGCUUCCGGUAUACAAUCUCAAAGUGACCAGCGUUCAUCUUUCGGCACCGGUUGCCUUCGUAUCCAAUACGGCUAUACCCAUUCGAGGAUUCAGCGAACAGGUUACGACUUCAGUGCUGUUGAUGGAAGCUUUUGGCAUCUACGAUGUCGGUGGACGUGUCGACAACCUUGUGAUUGAAUACCUCCGACAAGCUAUCAGCUCCAACAUAGUUCCCGAAGAUAUCGUAAUAUCGAUUUUUUUCUACUUCAUGGGUGAAGACAGAGAAAGCUUCAACAUUUCCUACAUGGCAUCCAUCACGGAAUCCUUUCCAGCGGGAGGAUCCAUCAGACAGUUUACCCAUUUCAUCCAAGCAUUUCAUUCGGGACGAUUUGCGCAAUACGAUUACGGGAGAGCUGAAAAUCUGAAGCGUUAUGGAUCGUCCACCCCCCCUUCCUACGCUCUGGACCGGAUAACAGCUCCCGUAGCACUGUACUUCGGUGCAAACGAUCUGUUUUUGACGCUGAAAGAUGCAAAUCGCUUGGCUGAUAGUCUUCCGAAUGUGGUGCUGAAGCAUUUGCAUCCGAAUGCCAAGUGGAAUCACAUUGACUUUAUCUACAGCAUUUACGCCCACCGGGUGUACCGUCGGGUGCUGGAUUUGAUUCACUACUUCGAGCAUCGCUAA